AUGUCCAUGUCUACAGUUCUAGAAUUAGCUGAUAUAGCUGAUUCUGAUAAUACACUAUCAUCAUAUAAACAGAUAGAUCCUGAUCACUGCAAUACCAAUAACCAAGAAUUGCCCCAAUCUACAGCAUCAAUGUUUCAAGCUCGUCCCACUAGUCAUCAUAAAUUAGCGACAUUUUCCUGUAUAUUCUGUUGUUGUCCUGUAGGUAUAUCAGCAUUUGUUUAUUCAUAUAAGGCCCGAAGAGCUAAAGAUAAUGGAGAUUUUAAAUUAGCAGAAAGAUAUAGUAAAAGUGCUAAAGAGUUAGCUAUCGCUAGUAUAGCUCUGGGUAUAUUUAUGUUACUUAUUGGUGGUUUAAUAGCAGGCAUUCUAUUCUAUACCAUAUAA